CCACCCAGGAAAAAACAGAUUAAUCAUGAAAACUGAAAUUUAAUCAAAAAAAGCAAAUAAGAGAGAGAGAGAGAGAGAGAACAGAAACGAACCAAAAACUGACCUGUGGACUGGGAAGUACCGAGUUGAGUCACUGAGUCAUCACCCAGUCAUGAAAACCCUAACCAGCCCCAGUUGCAGGGUCGCCUUCGACUUGUUGCACUGCAGGGAAAGAGGUUCUUCUUGUUCGUCUUUGAUCGAGACGUGUUUUCUAAGGCCUUGGGUUAAAGUUUCUGGUUUUGGAUUCUUCAACUUCAACAAUGUGAAGCUUACCAACAAGUUUCUUUACCCUGUUUCUUGUAUCUCACCCAAAACCCAGGUGGACUUGGAGACAGAAAAUGUUCAAACUGAGGGCACAUAUCAAUCGAAAACAGCUCAUGUCAAAUUCAAGCUACAGAAAGAAUGUAUGUUUGGUGAGCAUUUUUUCAUAGUGGGAGAUGAUCCUAUGUUUGGUUUGUGGGAUCCAGAAGGUGCAAUACCGUUGAACUGGUCAGACGGGCAUGCGUGGAUUGUUGAGCUGGAUAUACCUGUCGGAAAAUCGAUCCACUUUAAGUUCAUACUUAAAGACAGCAACGGGGAGGUCUUGUGGCAGCCUGGUCCAGAUCGGGUUUUUCAAACUUGGGAAACUAACAAUGCAAUCAUCGUUAGUGAAGACUGGGAAAACACGGAGCUUCAGAUAGUAACUGAGGAAGAUGAAGUUUCCAUUCAAAAUGCUGCUGAGAACUUGACUCAUCCACAAGAGGAAUUGGUGUCUGAUGUAAACAAUGAGUCAACCAUUGCUAAUGAUGAUGUGACUCCAAAAGAGAAACCAUCAGUAGAACCACACGAAGAACAAAUUGUUUUGAAUAACAUUCCCUCACCAGAAGAGAAGCCAAAAGCUAUUGUUGCAGGCAAUAUACGUUACACACAUAGUGAUUCCUCAGAAAAUUGUAAUACUGAAAUGCUAAGUGAAAAGAGAGUUAAUUCUACAAAUGAGAAGUUUGCAGCUAUAUUGAACAACAACGUGGUGAUAGGUGAAGAAGUUCUAGGAAAUAAUGGUAGAGUUACAACAUUCAAGAAUACAAACGUUGAUAAAAUUUUAGUCAACUAUGAUGGAGAACCCGUCCUGGUUCCUGGCUUGACUCAGUCAACGCCAGAGCCAACUGCAGAAGUAAACCAAGAUAAGGUUGAGAAUACCCUUUCCAUUUAUGAACCUGUUGAAGCAGCAGUGGAAGCUAAGGAUCAUAAUCUGCCAGAGAUUCAGUUGGAUGAGGAGAAAGAACUACACAAACACAAUAACCCUUUUGAAACUGGAGCACUGUCCUUGAAGAUGACUGAUGAAGGAGAGAAGCUUGAAAACCAGCUGGAAAAAAAGCCUGCCAUUACUGAAUUGGAAGAAGAAUAUGACUCUGAUGUAGAAGACGUGAAUGUCCUGGACAAUGAUCUUCAAUGGGGUCGUAAAACACUGGAGAAGUUUCUGACUAAUUUUGGGUUGUUCUAGUAUCUGAUAUUAUGUGCCUAGGCAUGUGAAUGAGCUGUUCUUGUUGCCCAAAUUUUUCUAUUGGCCCAGCAAACAGGACAGUAGAGUGGAGUGAUGCUAGUUUUUUAUUAUGUAAAUAUUCAUAUUCUCUAGCUAAUAAUGUUGAAAUCACUGUGCAUAUUCUAUGAGUGUGCUUUAUAGAAUAGCUAGCUAGUAUCCAAUGUAAUUCUUUUAUGAUCAUGAGACUGAUAAGGUGAAUUUUCAUUAGUAAAAGUCUCUGCUUCUGCAGUGCUUUGAUAAUAUUGUUUCUAUGAAGAUACUCUGAGAUGUUAACAAUA